AUGUCUUUGGGAGUCGAGACCGAGCCAACUUACCCGAACGCUCUGCUCAAAUGCCAUUGCUCUCAUUGCCCGCCAUACCCUCCAACGACAUCUCCCCCGAGAGUACUAACCUGUCCUUCAUCCUCUCAAGAUGUAUGGUCGGUGGGGGGACUAUCGCUUCCUCCUCUCCCUCCUCGAUCCUUGGCCUCUUUGUCAACAGUGGCUCCCCCUCCUCCACCAUCGACCUUUUCCCACGAUCCUGGCCUUGCGGUUGCACGGGCGAUCGGCCCUCCGCCUGCCCAACUGGAGUGCUGGGCGCCAUAA